AUGCCGGGUAUGAGGAUGCGCAUUCGAGGACCUGAGGGGACUUCCACCAUAAAUCUUCCCGACAAUGCUAAAAUUAGUGAUCUCCUAUCUGAAAUCACCUCAAAAACAUCUCUCAGAAAUUUCGAUAUCAAAUAUGGUUAUCCACCAAAACCACUCCUCCUUUCCCAAAGCGAGCCUUCUUUACCUCUGAGCAAGUUGGGCAUUACAUUGAAUGGUGAACAACUCACAAUAAACUCAAGAGAAGAACGCAGGUCAGAUGCAUCGCCAAAAAAUUUUGCACCUUCUGCUUCUUCUAGCACCUUAUCUACUCCUCCCCAAGUGAGAGAUACACAAACGGCGGAAGCGAAGUCGUUUUCUUUUUCUGGAACGCAUGGCGAUGUAAAAGCAACAUCAGAAUCAAACUCGGCAAAAUCAGCGCCUCCUGUGUCUCUUUCGCGUAAGGGCAUCACAGGUGAUGUUCCCGAGGUUCCAAUCCCAGAGCUUGACGCUACACUUGUUCUCCGUGUCAUGCCCGAUGAUAAUUCCUGCCUAUUCCGAGCUUUUGGAACGGCCGUCCUCCCAGGUGAUGACCUUUCAAUGCCCGAGCUUCGAUCCAUUGUGGCCAGUGCUAUUCACUGCAACCCCGAGAUUUAUAGCAAAGUCGUAUUAGAACAAGAACCCGACGAUUACUGUCGGUGGAUUCAGACUCCUGAUGCCUGGGGCGGUGCUAUUGAGAUGGGCAUUUUGGCCGAGCAAUUUGACAUGGAGGUUGUUUGUAUUGAUGUUCAGUCCCUCUCCAUCCACAAGUUCCACGAAAAUACCUCCAAACACCGAUGCAUUCUAGUCUACUCCGGGAUCCACUACGACAUGCUAGCCCUGUCGCCCUCCUACUCAGGCCUUGAGAACGACAUCCGUAUAUUCGAUACUUCCGACGAUACGAUAAUCGCCAAAGCAGUAGAAUUAUGUUCCAAAUUAAAGGAAAGGCAUUACUUCACCGACACCGGAGGAAUGGCUAUUAAGUGUAAAGAUUGUGGCGUGAUUGUCCAUGGAGAAGCGCAGGCGGCUAAUCAUGCACAACAAACGGGUCAUUACAAUAUGGCUGAGGUGGAUACUUGA